AUGGCAGCCCUCGACUCCCCUGCUGAGUGCGGCUACAUCCGGACAGUCCUGGGCCAGCAGAUCCUGGGGCAGCUGGACAGUUCCAGCCUGGCUGUGCCCUCCGAGGCCAAACUGAAGCUGGCGGGGAGCAGCAGCCGCAGCGGCCAGGCGGCCAAGAGCCUGCGGAUUCAGGAGCAGGUGCAGCAGACCCUGGCCCGGAAGAGCCGCAGCUUGGUGGGCAACGGAAAUCUUCACCGAACCAGCAGUGUUCCUGAGUAUGUCUAUAACCUACACUUGGUUGAAAAUGACUUUGCUGGCGGGCGUUCACCUGGUACUAAAACCUAUGACAUGCUAAAGACAGGCACCACUGGCACUUACGAAAGUCGCUGGGGGAGAGGAACGGCACAGUACAGUUCGCAGAAGUCAGUGGAAGAAAGGUCCUUGAGGCAGCCUCUGAGGAGACUUGAGAUUUCCCCAGACAGCAGCCCAGAGAGGGUUCAUCACUCGCACAGUGAUUACCAGUACGGCCAGAGAAGCCAGGCCGGGCAGGCUCUGCGGCACCAAGACAGCAGGAGAUCCACCCUCCUCCUGCCGCCUCGAUAUGCUCGCUCAGAAAUCAUUGGUUUCAGUCACUCCGGGGCCACGAGCAGACAUCGCCACUAUGACACUUACCACAGACAGUACCAGUACGGCUCUGUGAACGACACCGUGUGUGACAACGCCCCUGUCAACCCGGUGGUGCUCACGUACCCCAGGCCUGGGACCAGUCACAGCAUGGGAAACCUCUUGGAGAAAGAGAACUGUCUGACUUCGGGGCCUGCCCCUGGGCACCUCCGGCCACUGGUGCCCCUGCAGGCUGCCAGUCAGAACAGGGCUGCUCAGUCCUGGCACCAGAGCUCCUUCCACAGCACCCGCAUGGGGCGGGAAGCAGGGCCCAGCGUCGCCGUGGGUGCAGGCGGGAGGAGGAUGCACAUGACCACUGGCCAAGUGGCAGCCUAUGGAAGUGGGAACCUGCUCCUGGAGAGAAGCACUUUCACCGACUCCCAGCUCGGGAGUGCAGACAUGGAGAUGACUCUGGAGCGAGCAGUGAGUAUGCUCGAUGCAGACCACACACCACCACCCAGAAUUUCUGCUGCAGCUACUUUCAUACAGCACGAGUGCUUCCAGAAAUCUGAAGCACGGAAAAGGGUUAAUCAGCUUCGUGGCAUCCCCAAGCUGCUACAGCUCCUAAAAGUUCAGAAUGAAGAUGUUCAGCGAGCCGUGUGUGGGGCCUUGAGAAACUUGGUAUUUGAAGACAAUGACAACAAAUUGGAGGUGGCUGAACUCAAUGGGGUACCUCGGCUGCUGCAGGUGCUGAAGCAAACCAGGGACUUGGAGACUAAAAAGCAAAUAACAGGUUUGCUGUGGAAUUUGUCAUCUAAUGACAAACUCAAGAAUCUCAUGAUAACAGAAGCCUUGCUUAUCCUGACUGAGAAUAUCAUCAUUCCCUUCUCGGGGUGGCCAGAAGGAGAUUACCCUAAAGCUAACGGUUUGCUUGAUUUUGAUAUAUUUUACAACAUCACAGGAUGUUUAAGAAACAUGAGUUCGGCUGGCCCUGAUGGGAGGAAAGUGAUGAGAAGGUGUGACGGACUGAUCGACUCACUGGUCCAUUAUGUCAGAGGAACCAUCGCAGACUACCAGCCAGAUGACAAGGCCACAGAGAACUGUGUGUGCAUUCUUCAUAACCUCUCCUACCAGCUGGAGGCAGAGCUCCCAGAUAGAUAUUCCCAGAGUAUCUAUAUUCAAAACCGGACUAUCCAGACUGACAACAACAAAAGUAUUGGGUGUUUUGGUAGUCGAAGCAGGAAAAUAAAAGAGCAAUAUCAGGACAUGCCGAUGCCAGAAGAAAAGAGCAACCCGAAGGGUGUGGAAUGGCUAUGGCAUUCCAUCGUGAUACGGAUGUAUUUGUCCUUGAUCGCCAAGAGUGUCCGAAACUACACUCAGGAAGCAUCUUUGGGAGCUUUGCAGAAUCUCACUGCAGGAAGUGGACCAAUGCCGACGUCAGUAGCUCAGACAGUUGUCCAGAAGGAAAAUGGCCUUCAGCACACCCGCAAGAUGCUGCAUGUUGGUGAUCCAAGUGUGAAAAAGACGGCGGUCUCCCUGCUGAGAAAUUUGUCUCGGAAUCUUUCUCUGCAGAAUGAAAUUGCCAAAGAAACUCUACCGGAUUUGGUUUCCAUAAUUCCUGACACAGUCCCGAGUACUGAUCUUCUUAUUGAGACUACAGCCUCUGCCUGCUACACUCUGAACAAUAUGAUCCAAAAUAGUUACCAGAAUGCACGGGAUCUUCUAAACACUGGAGGCCUGCAGAAAAUCAUGACCAUCAGCUCAGGCGAUGUCUAUGCCUCCAACAAAGCAAGUAAAGCUGCUUCUGUUCUCCUCUAUUCUCUGUGGACACACACGGAGCUCCAUAAUGCCUACAAGAAGGCUCAGUUUAAGAAGACAGAUUUUGUCAACAGCCGGACUGCCAAAGCCUACCACUCCCUUAAAGACUGAGGAAAAUGAAAAAUCGUGCUCUCAGAAAUCUCAACUUCACCAUUCUCAGCCACAAAAAAGCCCCAAAGGAAAACACUUAUUUUUCUA